AUAGGCGAUGUUUGCAAAGUAAUUUGCCUCUUCCUUGGCCAAUGGGAGCCGGAGCACUUUUCCAUCAAACCUCCCUUUUCAGGAUUUGCCGAGAGGCGAACUUCUCCAAAUGUUACCGCUACGGGAUCGGAGUUAGACUUGACACAGACGGCUCAGACAUAGGCUACCACUACUACUACUACUACUACUACUACUACUACAACUACUCAUCUCUGAGACGUCGUUUCAUAAACUAUCGGGACGAAUGAAGACUGAAGGAUCUAUACGGAUUUCGGCGCAUAAUGUUGGGAUGGAGUUUCGAGACUUGUUUGGCUCCAAGGAAGACUAGAAAACGUCCCUCUAACUUGUCGCCGGCGGUGCUGGAUGCGCUCCUCUUCUAUGUUGGAUUAUUGUUGCUUUUUCUGAACUCGCACCGAUUCUCUGUCGCUUCGCUCUGCGCCCCGUUCCCCCUCUUUGGACUAUGGCCUCGGAUCGCGGGGUCCCAGGGGCCGGCGUCUAUGGAGAUUUACCCCCGAGUUAUACGCGCUCCCAGCCGCCCACGAACCCAGACCUACUCCGCAGACCCAGCUACUGCCACGCUGCUUUCGCACUUAAACAGAUCUCAAAGGGGAAGGCGGUAGGUCAGAAAGCUCCUCUGUGGAUCCGGGCGAGGUUCCAGGCCCUCCUGUUCUGUCUGGGCUGCCACAUCCAGAGGCACUGUGGGAAGGUCCUCUUUAUUGGACUCUUAGUAUUUGGGGCUCUGUCUGUGGGACUCCGAGUCGCAGCCAUCGAAACGGACAUCGAACAGCUAUGGGUGGAAGCUGGUAGUCGGGUGAGCACGGAGCUUCGCUACACCAAGGAGAAGCAGGGAGAGGAGUCAGUAUUUACCUCACAGAUGCUUAUCCAGACCCCCAAAGAAGAGGGCACCAAUAUUCUUACCCAGGAGGCUUUGCUGGUUCACAUGGAAGCCGCCCUGUCCGCCAGCAAGGUCCAGGUGUCACUGUUUGGAAAAUCGUGGGAUCUUAACAAAAUAUGCUAUAAAUCAGGAGUCCCUAUUAUUGAAAAUGUCAUGAUUGAAAGGAUGAUUGACAAGCUAUUCCCCUGUAUGAUAAUCACCCCAUUGGACUGUUUUUGGGAAGGGGCCAAACUACAAGGAGGCUCCGCCUAUUUACCCGGUAUGCCAGAUAUCCAAUGGAUGAACCUAGAUCCAGUCAAGCUAAUGGAGGAACUGAGUCAGUUCACUUCACUGGAAGGAUUUAAGGAGAUGUUGGACAAAGCCCAGGUGGGGCAUGCCUACAUGAACAGGCCAUGUCUAGACCCCUCAGACCCUGACUGCCCUCUCAGUGCACCCAACAAGGAGCAAGGAGAGAGUCCUGACAUUGCUGGGCGUCUCCAGGGUGGUUGCCAUGGUUUCAGCCAGAAGUUCAUGCACUGGCAGGAGGAGCUGAUCCUGGGAGGACGGGUCAAGAACAACCAGGAUACUCUGCUGAGUGCGGAGGCUCUCCAAACCAUGUUCCUGUUGAUGAGUCCUAAGCAGCUGUACGAGCACUUUAAAGACGACUAUGAGAUCCACGACAUAAACUGGAAUGAAGAAAAGGCUACCGCCAUCCUUGAGUCCUGGCAGAGGAAGUUUGUGGAGGUGGUCCACCGGAGUAUCCCAUCAAACUCCAGCCAAUCCAUCCACGCUUUCUCCACCACCACCCUCAAUGACAUCAUGAAAUCUUUCUCUGAUGUCAGUGUCAUCAGGGUGGCUGGAGGAUACCUGCUCAUGCUGGCCUAUGCCUGUGUCACCAUGCUAAGGUGGGACUGUGCCAAGUCCCAGGGGGCAGUGGGGCUGGCCGGGGUGCUGUUAGUGGCUCUGUCGGUGGCUGCAGGACUGGGUCUCUGCUCCCUGCUCGGCCUCUCCUUCAAUGCUGCCACCACACAGGUGCUUCCCUUCCUGGCACUAGGGAUUGGUGUGGAUGACAUGUUUCUGUUGGCUCAUUCGUUCACAGAGGCUGGAAUUAACAUCCCCUUUAAGGAGCGGACAGGAGACUGUUUGCGUCGCACCGGCACCAGUGUGGCUCUGACUUCCAUCAACAACAUGAUUGCUUUCUUUAUGGCCGCUCUCGUACCCAUUCCUGCCUUGCGAGCGUUCUCUUUGCAGGCGGCCAUUGUGGUCGUGUUUAACUUUGCCAUGGUGCUGCUCAUCUUCCCUGCCAUCCUCAGUUUGGACCUCCACCGGCGCGAGGACAAACGUUUGGAUGUCCUCUGCUGCCUGUACAGCCCCUGCUCCAACCGCGUCAUCCACCUCUCUCCGCAUGAGCUGUUAGACGCCGGAGAGCAGCCACACACGCCUACGACGGCAACGGCGCAUACGCACCAGUACACGGUGGGAUCGACAAUCACCACCAGCACCCAAAUCACCACCACAGUGCAGGCAUUCACGCAGUGUGACUCAGCAGGCCAGCAUAUAGUCACCAUCCUACCACCUACCUCACAGAUCUCCACCAGCCCGCCGUCCAUCAUCGUCUGCCCCACUUCACAGCCUCAAGCCAUCACACCUUCCCCCACCACCACCUCUGUGCCAGACCCCUAUGGCUCCCAGCUCUUCACCCCUACCUCCAGCUCCACACGGGACCUCUUAGCCCAGGUGGAGGAUUCCAAAUCAGGAAAGGAGUGCGUCCCACUCCCUUUCCUGCACUGGAACCUGUCCAGCUUCGCCAGGGAGAAAUAUGCCCCUCUGCUCCUCAAGCCCAAAAGCAAAGCCAUCGUGGUGGUUCUCUUUCUAGGCCUCCUGGGCCUCAGCCUGUAUGGGACCACCAUGGUGCACGACGGCCUCUACCUAACCGACAUUGUGCCACGCGACACCAAGGAGUAUGACUUCAUCGACGCCCAGUUCAAGUAUUUCUCCUUCUACAACAUGUACCUGGUAACCAUGGAUGGAUUUGAUUACGCCCGGUCACAGAGGCUGCUGAUCCAGCUGCACAACGCCUUCAACUCUGUUAGACACGUGGUCAGAGACAGUGACAACAAACUGCCCCGCAUGUGGCUGCACUACUUCCAGGACUGGCUCAGAGGUCUUCAGGCUGCUUUUGAUGCUGACUGGCAGGCAGGCAGGAUUACCUCUGACAGCUAUCGUAACGGCACAGAGGACGGCGCUCUGGCGUACAAGCUCCUUAUCCAGACCGGCUCCAAGAAAGAGCCUUUUAACUACAGCCAGCUAACUUCUCGUCGGCUGGUGGAUGCAGAGGGUUUGAUCCCCCCGGAGGUGUUUUACAUUUACCUGACAGUGUGGGUCAGUAACGAUCCUCUGGGCUAUGCUGCCUCCCAGGCCAACUUCUAUCCCCAUCCUAGAGAGUGGAUUCACGACAAGUAUGACACUACAGGGGAGAAUCUGCGCAUCCCAGCUGCAGAGCCCCUGGAGUUUGCCCAGUUCCCUUUCUACCUGAAUGGCCUUCGCCAGGCCAGCGACUUUGUGGAGGCCAUCGAGAGUGUGCGGGCCAUCUGCGACGAGUUUAGCCGCAAGGGUGUGUUCAACUACCCUAAUGGAUACCCCUUUCUGUUCUGGGAGCAGUACAUUGGCCUCAGACACUGGUUCCUGCUGGCGAUCAGCGUGGUGCUGGCCUGCACCUUCCUGGUCUGUGCGAUUCUCCUGCUCAACCCCUGGACUGCCGGUAUCAUUGUGUUUAUCUUGGCCAUGAUGACAGUGGAGUUAUUUGGCAUCAUGGGACUGAUUGGCAUCAAGCUGAGCGCCAUCCCCGUGGUCAUCUUGAUCGCCUCUGUGGGAAUCGGAGUGGAGUUUACCGUUCACAUCGCACUUGGCUUCCUGACAGCGAUUGGCAACAGAAACAAGCGCUCUGCAGUGGCUCUGGAGCACAUGUUUGCCCCGGUGGUUGACGGAGCGAUCUCCACACUUCUGGGCGUGCUCAUGCUGGCAGGGUCAGAAUUUGACUUCAUCAUGAGGUAUUUCUUUGCUGUGUUGGCCAUCCUGACUGUUUUGGGGAUGCUGAAUGGCUUGGUUCUUCUGCCAGUCCUUCUGUCCAUGAUGGGCCCUCCGGCUGAGGUCACUCCAGUCGACAAUGCCAGCCGCUUGCCCACGCCUUCCCCUGAACCCCCACUGCCCCCACCAAUGACUCACCACGGGUACUACACGGAACACAACCCACGGUCAUCUUGUCAACAGGCUUUUUCGGAGUCGUCAGACUCUGAGUAUUACUCGGAGAUGACCACCACGUCAGGGAUCGGGGAGGAGGAUUAUAAGUACUGUGACCGGAGUGCGUACAUAGCAUCGCACACCAGCGUUCCACCUGCAACAUCUCACAUACUGCUGGAAGCCAGCAAGAACCCCAGCUUCCCCAAGCUUACGGUGGUGAAGCCAUUCAGAGAAAAUGCAACAGGCACUGGUGGAAGGAUAGAACCAUUAAACGAAUCUUCCCACAAUGUGCAGUCACCGCUCGGCUCCCAGGUUACAUGCUGGGAUGGAAACAAGCGGGAGCAGCAGCAGGGCCUCCAGAGGCUCCAGGCACAGCCCAGCCAACACUUACCCAGCGAGAGAGCACACUACACUGGGAGGACUUGUCAAAGCGGCCCCAGGCUGCAGAACAGCAGAGGGCCUCAGCCAAACAGGACUAAAGGGCCGAGCUAUAUUAACUCCACCCUGCCGACGCAACAAGGCUCCAUUGGGGGUCCUGUUACCAUGGUAACGGCCACAGCCUCCGUGACAGUGGCUGUGCAUCCGACAUUGCCAGGGGCAGCAUACCAAGGCUACAUGCAUGAAGGUUUUGACACGGACAGUGAGUCAGACUGUUUUGAGGCUGCUAAGAGGACUUGUGGUGACAAAACAAACUUUUCUUCAUGUAAGAGAGACUCUCUAGAGCUCCAGGACUUGGAAGCAACACAGAGCCACACAGAGCAUCAGCUCAGCAAGACACAAGGUGGGCUGAGGAUCCAGGCAGCCAAAGAUUGCUAGACUCUCUCAAACGCCCUGUCUUCUCUCUUUGAGUCUCUGGCUGCGUCCCAGAGCACCUUGACGCCCACAUGGCAUCACAUCACUUCUUGAACUCUCAACUGUACAUAGACUUCACACAAAAAGGAGAGGAUUUAUUUCAAGGACAUAUAAGGAAAAAAUAUGACGUUUUAAGAAUUAUAUAAAUCUAUGAGUAUAUAUUUUAAUACUAAAAAAGAAGGAAGCUAUUUAAAAGAGUACUGUAUAACUUGGGUAUACUCUUGUGUAAAAGUUCAGAUGUAAAAGAUUAUUUGUUUUUGUGGGGCGGUUGAUUUCUCUCUCCCCCCACAGUGUAUAGAAUAAGAAAUGUGCUAUAUGUAAAAAGUGUCCACAAAAAGUGAGAUGAUAUUAAGAUAUUAGGCUAUUGAACAUACAUGUCGGUGUCAGUGUUUUAUUUCUAUUUGUAUUGUUAUUGUUCUUUUUUUUUUUGCUGCUACACUUCAAAAUAAUUUUAAGUGAUUUGCCUUAAGAAAUGCAGUACCCCCUCUUCCCCCUCUGGUUUAAGUCAGUAUAACUUUGUUCACAGUAUUGUACUGUGAGAUAUUCUGCUUCUGACACACUCUGUUGUAUUAUAAGUAUCGACAUUCUCUGUCACAGUUUUCACUGUUAAAAAGAGCAGAGAAUUACACAACAGAUACUGUUUUCUUAACAGUAGUUACCGUCGUGCCUUCAAUGUGUCCCCUUUUCUUGUUAUCACAGCAUUCAGAGCUCAGUAUUAUGUUCUCGCUUUGGCAUAAAUAUGUUUUUUACCUGUUUUGUCUUGUCCAGACACAGAAUGUUUGUCAAGAAGCAGUAGCAGUCUCAUGUUUGUCAGUUAUCACCAUCAUCUGUCUGAAUAUUGUUGAAUGUGAUCAGUCAGCCAACAAGCUGGCAGAGUCACACCUAAUUCAUAUUUCAUGUUAAAUCUUUGUCUGGGUGUCCCAAUGUCCUCUGCAGUUUUAAACUACUUGAAGGAGCUGUGAUAAGAUUUUUUUUCUUCUGCAGUUUUUGUAAGCUCUACAGUGGGUGAAGUUCACAUUUGUCACUUUGUGUUUGACAAUUGCGUUAUUCACCUUCUUGUAUUAUUUUGAAAGGGAAUUAUAAAAUCCAAUGCAAAGGGAGUGGUUAUAUUUUAUUUUAUUAUUAUUAUUAUUUUCUCCUUUUUUUUCUUUGCUGGCUGCUUUAGGGUUGUAACAUGUUCAUGCUCUUGUGACCCUGUGCAAAUAUUACUAUAUGUAAACUGGUUUAAUCUUUAUAAUGCUUCAACCUGCUCUGACUCACUUUCUAAUUUCUCAUGCUUCUUGUUAAUACAAACCUCAUAUAUGUCACAUUACAUUUUCUUUCAUUCUUUUCAUGUAAUUUGCUUUACAAAGUUUCCGUUGUUGUUGUUGUUCAGUAUUGGUCUCAUCACUGCCAGGUUAAAUUGCAGGGAAAAACUUCAAUGACAUAUUUUAAGUGGCAGCUUUGGAUUCUUUUGUAAAUAUGAAAGAAAAGUUAAGUAGCUACUGUGCAGUUGUGAAUAAUUAAGCAGAAUGAGCAAAGCACCAUUCACAGUUUGAUCAGACCAUAGACAGUCAGCAGGUGUUGUCAGACAGUGGUGAGGAGUUUGGGGGCUCCUGCAUCGGUUUGUAGUUUAUUUCAAAAAAAUUGUUAAUGUCAUGCCAUAUAAAUUAUUUAUAUUAAAAUUUUAUUUUUGUAGUUUGUACAGAUGUUAGUAUCUAGACUGAAGUUCUAUUUUUAAAGAGUGAAUAUAUAUUAUAUAUAAAUAUAUCUAUUUGUUGACAAGUUUUUUGUUGUUGUUUUGUUUUGUUUGCAUUUUGGGAUGGGGGAGGGGGGUUGUGGGAGGGAGGGGUUGACAACACUUUAGAGCAGAGGCCUUUUUUAUUUUUGGUGGAGCAAAGGGGGUAGUUGGGGGACCAUGAAGGAGAAGGUGUGAUUGUGUCACUGUUACACCUUGUUUUUAAGUUUCCUCUUGGCCCUUCCUUCUUCAUUGUCAUUUUUUUAAAUGUUCUUGUCCAUGUCUAAAACACUGUGACUUCUGAAAACUAUGCUCAAGAAAACUCUCGUGUGACCGUUAUGUUCCCUCACCUGCUAUAGAAAUUUAACUAACAAAAUAAAUUGAAUGAAAAAAAGUG